AAAAGUGUGUGAUGAGAUAAUUUGAUAAAGCAAGACAAGUAUGAACACAUAUCAGACGUCAAGCAAAUGUUGAUCAUAAACUAUAAUCAAUAUAAGACCAAGUUUGAUGAUCACCAAUGAAAAAAAACAACACAUCAGCUUUUUCAACAAUAUGUAAGAAAGAUGAAGACCAAAAAACAGCAUUACCAUUUAGAACUCGCAUGCUAUGAAAACAACAUAACGGAUUCACUAGAGAUUACACAAGAUGUGGUGACUGAACAAAAUACCACCAAAGCAACAGCGGAAUAUGAAAAAGACAAACAAGAUGUUAUACAUGUUUACACACGACGUUGGUACAUUUUGACUGUCUUUAGUUUGUUCGCAUUCACACAGUCUUGUUUUUGGAACACUUGGGGUCCCAUUUCUACCAGUAGUGAAGUGGCUUUUGGAUGGACUGACUCUACUGUAGCCUGGCUGACUAACUGGGGGCCUAUAUCUUACGUCAUUACUGGAUUGACCUUUCCAUGGAUACUACAAGUUAAAGGAUUACGUUGGGCGACUGUGCCAAGUAUGUUGCUGGUUGCUAUCGGCUCUUGUUUUAGAGUCAUUACUUCUGAGACAACAGCAGCCACAAUCUUAAUUCACAUUGGCCAAUUUCUGAAUGGACUGGCAGGUCCCAUGGCGAUGGGUGGUAUAGCAACCUUGUCAGCAAUUUGGUUUCCUCCAAAGGAAAGGUUUACAGCAACUGCUAUAGGAGUCAACCUUUGUAGCCUUGGAGCAUCAAUUGCAUUUAUUUCUGGGCCUGCAUUAGUAUCUGUUGAACCAUAUCAAAAUCAAACAGCCUUACUAGCUGAAAACAACACCAUUGGAACACCAAAGCUGGUAAAUCAGACGUCACGGAAAUCUUCCAAUAUCACAGAAGACAGAAUUAUAGAAGGCAAGAAACAGAUCAUGUCUUAUAUGUAUUAUGAAUGCGGAUGGUGUUGUUUAAUUCUUCUACUUACACUUAUAUACUUUCCUUCAAGACCCCCACGACCACCAUCAGCAUCAGCUACUACAGAUCGAGAAAAUUAUUGGAAAGGUAUCUGGUCUCUCAGAAAAAAGACUGAUUACAUUUUGCUUGCUGUGUCCUAUGGGAUUUCCACUGGAGUCAUCAAUUGCUGGGCUUCAUUAUUAAAUGUCAAUUUACGUCCGUUCCAUAUUUCAGAGACUGAAGCUGGCUGGAUCGGUUUCUACGCCUCAGUUCCUGGAUACUUUUUUUCAUUAAUAAUCGGAAGGUUUGCAGAUUUAUUUGCUCGACGCAGCAAACAGUGUAUCUUGAUCUUGUUAGCUCUUAGUUCAGCGUGUUUCAUUUUGUUUACAUUGAUGUUGAUUGAUAGCCUGGCCUUUACACGAGCUCUGCUGUAUACAUCAACUAUAGGUGGAGUUACUUGUCUGAACUGCGCUGUUCCAUUGCUCUAUGAGUUAGGCUGUGAACUGGCGUUUCCAACUAGUGAGGGGGCAGCUAAUGGCGUUUUGACAUUACUCAACAACAUUGGAGGCAUCAUAUUUUUGGCAGUGUUUUCUUUUCCAGAUGUUGGUUCUAUGUGGAUGAAUUGGGUAGCCAUAGGCUCUGUUACAGUUUCAAUACCGUUGAUUGCACUGGUGAAAGGAAGAUUCCAAAGGCUUGAAGUAGAUGAAACAAUUCAUAAAGUUACAGAACAACAAGUUGAUGUAGUAGAAGAAAACAAAACCAUACAAAACAAACAGUAGAAUGGUUCAAAGAAAUUUCACAGUUUAUUUGCAUUAGUGCAUAUGUUACCUGCAAAGUGUAAAUGCCUAAGCCGUUUUUACACUAAUUUUCCAUUUCCUACUUUGCCUAGACAUGCUAUAUAGACUAGAUCUGCGUCAGGCAAAGUAGAAAAUGUAUUCUUUAGAAAGAUAUUGUAAUAAUGAUAGGAAAGGAACUCAACGAAUACAGAUAUGUACAGAUAUUUUAAAUAAUUAUAAUAAGGUAUUUUCUCAUUGAAAUUUUUGCAUAUGUUCGAUCUAAUUGACUUACAGUUAUAUCUAAAUAAAAAGAACAUAGAAUAAUCCCCUUCACAUUUCUCUUAGUCUGUUGGGGCACCACACAACCGUCUUUCUCCAUUUCUCUCUGCACUUUGCCUUGGAUAGAAGCAUUUUUUUUUAUUGGUGACAUAUGAUAUACAUUUCAGACAAAAACUGAAUAGUACUGAAGUCUUGAUCAGCAAGUUCAAUGAACGUAUGUUUUCUAUGAUCAGCACAACAAAACGUGUUACCAGCUUUUAAAUAAUAUCUAUUCAAGUGGUUCCUACUUAGAAGUCGUAUUUGCCUUCAUUACAACAUGGACCUAUUUUCAAAGGCCUCAUACAACACAAUAUGAAACAUCUUUUGUCACUUGUAUCCACUUUUUACUUAGCACAAUGAAGUUGUAGAAAGCAUGCACACUUAGGCUGUCGUAAUAAAACAUACUCCACACUCUAGUGAAACUUUAAAGAACGAGAUUAAAUUAUUUAGAUUUCUGACGAAUCGAUAUAUCCCGAGAAAUUUAUAUUAUUAAUAAAAUACUUAAAAUCAUCAUUUAAUACUUUGCCUAAAGCGUUUGUAGUCAUUCUAUAGAAUGUCUAGGUAAAGUAGGAAAUAGAGAAAUCAUUUCUCACUUUGCCUGGACGUUUCGGGCAUUUUAGAGAAAGCUGGAUUUCGCACUUUGCUGUCAACACACACACACACACGUAUUGGUCACUUUUUGAGAUUUUCAUACAUGAUAAAAAAACAACUAUAAAUACAUAGCUUUUUUGGUGUAUUCGGCGUACAAAAUAAAAAAAAUAUUGAUAAGCUAUGUUUUUUAUUUAAGGUUUAUGAUACUUUUAGUGCACCUUUUAGCAAAUGCAGAAUAAAAUUUUCUAAGUACUUCCGUUUGAAGCAAAAAUAUUUUCACAUUCCAGAGCAUUAGAAAUUCCCUCUAUGGGAUAAAACGUUAAAAAAAAUUGGUAACUAACUAGUGGCAAUAGAAAAGACUUGAUGAUCAUCUGUCUUGCAAUGUAUAGCUCGGUUCUUUUUUUAGUUGUCAACAGGGGAAGUUCAAUUGAGAGUCCUGAGAAUUUGAGUUUAGUGUGAAAAUCUCCAAUAAUAAAACGAUCAUCUAAUUAUAUAUAUAUUGAGCAUAUCGUAUAACAUAAACUUUAACACAACUCUUUAAUAAAAAGUAUGCACAUAAAAAUAUACAUUUGUGUCUCUUUUUCAUGCAUUCUAACUGAAUUUGGACAAGUUACCUUAAAGUUUAUGCCUUACGGUUGAACUCUCUAUUUUUACAAACAUGAUUUGAGAGAGAAUACCUUUAACCUUCAGCUAUCCAGACUUGAAGGCAGUUACUAUUAAGUAGUCAAGACAAGCAGUCAAUAGAUAUGAUAUUAAGAAUUGAUGGCAGUUAGUAUAGUCAGAGUCUGCAUAGAGCAGUUACUUUGUACCAGUCAUAAUAUCAUUUCACGAUAUUAAAUCUAUUUCUAUGAAGGAGAAUUACUUGCUAUGCUUGGAUUGUUAUUGUUUACUAUUUCUUAUGUGAUGAUUUCAUAUAAUAAACAUUUGUGUCUGCUA